GUACGACAUACAGCAUGCCGCGCAAGCAGUUGUCUCUCCAACAACUCUUCCACAGGGGCUUCAACAGCGGCCUUCAUUGGCAGACACAAGCGAAGGACGUUUACGAUGAGCGGUUGAGACGCGAAUUAAAGAAGCAUCGCUUCCUACUCCACCAUCCACACUCCAUACAUCUCGCCAAAGUACUGGCGAGGGAGCUGAACACGACCAAUCGAACCAUUAUCAGUCUAGCGCUUUCGCAUGUCUACGAAUUCGCCGCCGAGAAAAUCGAACUCUGUCGUGACUUCGAGCCCGAAGAAUUCUUCGCACGAGCAAAAAACUCAUUCGCCUGGUCUAGCAAAAUCAACGACCACGCGUUCUGGGCGUUCACCUACAAAGCGUUCCACGCCCGCGCCAUCUUCCUAAACGUGACUCUACGCCCAGGCGAAGAACCUCCCGCCGGACAGCCUCUCGCACAAGCCCUCGACCGAUUCCUGGACGAGUUCUUGCGGUACUACCCCAUCCACCAAACCGAUGUCUUGCAGAAAGGCGACAAGAUCUGCCAAGAGAACCUGGAGCUGGCGGAGGACGAAGUCAGCCUGAACAAGCCCGUGUUCGACAAGUACUUCCCGCACCACCUAACUCACCACGAGGGUCAAGGAGACGGGACCGACAAGCUCGUACUAGAUAUGGAGGAGAUCCAGCGACCUGCGCGGGAAGCUGGCGCCGCGAUCGGGGAGCAUUUCGAAGCGAUAGCCCUGUCGAAGGUCCCCGACGAAGAGCUCUUCUUCUACGACACGGAAUGCCGAACCAGCCAUCGCGACGCCUUCCUGGACGAUACCGUCCACGAGAAGAGCGGGACUCUAAAGGGUUGGGAAUCUCCGAAGGGUAUGGGGGGUGUACGAAAGUACGAUUCCUUCAGGGAGUACAGGGAGCCUGUCUCCGCGGAAGGAGACGAGAGUGGAGAGGGGGAUGCCACCCGCCCCGCCGAACAACAAGGUGACGAGGAUGUCGACGAUGUGAUGGGGGAGGCAGGCGUCGAUGACUACCUCCCUGAGGCUAAGAGGCUUAAGAACCUAAAGCUGGAUUAAUGGAAUGGAAGAGGGGAGAUGGGUCCGAAUGGGGUUAUGUUUUGACAGUCCUGUCAUUACUUGUCAUAACUGCAUGGGCACGGAAGCCGUAAGAAAUUGAAAAGGGGCUAGUCGACAGCAAUCACCAAACGGUAAUAAAUAUUACUUUGCUGUCAUUUCCUACUUAAUAAUAGGAUUUCCCUAGGUGUUAAAUCCGUAGAGGAAC